UUUAGGUUAAAUCAAUCAAAAUAGACAGAGCAGUAAAAUCAAUAAACGCACACCACCGAAAGCAGAGAGAGAGAUGGACGAGAAGAAUAAAGCAUUGAAUUCCAGCAGGUUCAAAAGUGUCUGUGUCUUUUGUGGAAGCAGCUCCGGCAAGCGAAACAGCUAUCGCGAAGCCGCGCUGGAGCUGGCACAACAACUGUUGUCCCGCAAGUUGGAUCUUGUUUACGGCGGAGGAAGCGUCGGGUUAAUGGGUUUGGUUUCUCAGGCGGUCCACCGCGGAGGAGGCCAUGUUUUAGGAAUUAUCCCCAAAACACUGAUGUGCAAAGAGAUAACAGGGGAAACAAUAGGCGAGGUCAAAGCUGUAGCGGACAUGCACCAAAGGAAAGCUGAGAUGGCCAGCCAUUCUGACUGUUUUAUCGCCCUACCAGGUGGAUAUGGAACCCUCGAAGAGUUGCUAGAAGUCAUAACAUGGGCCCAGCUUGGAAUCCACGACAAGCCUGUUGGGUUGAUUAAUGUGGAUGGCUACUAUAAUCAUUUGCUCACCUUCCUAGACAAAGCCGUGGAUGAUGGCUUCAUUAAACCGUCGCAGCGUAGUAUCAUCGUCUCUGCUCCAACUGCAGGAGAACUUGUCCAGAAACUUGAGGAAUACGUGCCAAUUCAUGAUGUAGUUGUUGCCAAGGCACGGUGGGAAGCUGAACAAUUGGUGCUCAAUUCAUCUUUGCAAACUGGAAUUCAUCGGUAACUACAGAAAGAUGACAAAAGGUCUCCCUUCCAUUCUUUUUUUCUCUUUAAUAUUUUGCAAAUGUAAGUAAGCAACUAGCUAGGGUUUAUCCUUUCAAAUUU